CCUGACGCGACGCGAGCGGGCGUGUCCAUAAACGCGCUCUCGCUCUCUCUCUUGCAAUCCCACCUCCCGUCUUUCACAAACCGUUUAUGGCGGAGGCUUCCGAUCUCUUCCUUCUUCAUCUCGAAGAAUUUGCUGCCGACGAGAUCGACGAGCAAGAAGACCUCCCCGAAACCCUAGAUCUGGCCCCCUCCUGGCUCCCGGCCACCGCCUAUGGUGGCGCGGCCCGGCGCGCCCUCGUCCCUGAUCUCUUCGUCCCCGGAUUCUCCCGCGAUCCACCCGAUCCAGGCGAUUCCCACAAGGAUUCCGAGUCCUCCGACGAUCACGCCACCCUCGGCCUCGAUCUAUUUGAUCGCUCCUCUGCCCGCCGGAUCGGCGCCGCCCUCGCGCCCACCAUGGAUCUCUUCCCGGAACCGCUCCAAUUCCUCGAUUAUGGGGUUUCCGAGGGCCCUGAGGAGGUGGGAUCAGAAUACCUCGGGUUGGGGCUAGGGUUAGGGUUGGGAUCGGGGUUCGAGGUUCAGGAAGAUCUCGACGGCGCGGAGCGGGGGAUCAUGAUCUCCGAUUGGGGAGCUGAUGAUUUCUUUUUGGGAAGGAGGAGCACUCCAUCGGAAUCGAUCGAGUUUUCCAGGGCUCGUCCUGUUGAUUCCGAGGGCCUGAGGAUCGUUGGGUUCGAUUCGGAUUCAGAUUCGGAUGAGCAGAUCGUCGCCAUGGGUGAUGAGCAGAUUAUUGCCAUCGGCGAUGGUGGCGAAUCCCAGGAUCGGAUCAACGACGAUCUUGGCCUUCCCCUAUGCUGGGACCGCCUUCAACUGGAGGAGCAAAGGAGGGACCUGAACAUAGAACUGGAAUGGGAGGAGGUGGACGACCGGCUCGAAGAGAGGGAUGUUGUUAGUAUUACGGUCGGUGGCAAUGACGAGAGUUCCACUGAGGUCAGAGAAUUCAACCAUGACGAAGCAGAACAGGAGGAAGACGUAGCCAGGAAUAUUGAAUGGGAGGUUCUUUUGGCUGUGAAUAAUUUGGGAAGGAACGGUUUGGACCCAGACGAUGUGGAAACCUAUUUUGUCGAUGAUCAUGAGGGCUUUGUCUACACCUCGGAUUAUGAGGCCUAUGAGGUCUUGUUUGGGCAAUUUGCUGACCAUGAUAGCUCUCUCAAGGGUAGUCCUCCGGCAGCCAAAUCAGUCGUCGAGAAGCUCCCAUUGAUCGUGGUAAUGAAAGAAGAUGUUGAUAACAAUAACAAUGUUUGUGCAGUAUGUAAAGAUAGGAUUUUGGUAGAGGAAAAAGUGAGGCAGCUUCCAUGCUCCCACCAUUAUCAUGAUGAGUGUAUUUUGCCAUGGCUUGGUAUUCGGAACACAUGCCCCCUUUGUCGGUUUGAGUUGCUGACGGAUGAUCCGGAAUAUGAGAAGUGGAAGGCACGGAGGGCUGGUAGUAGUGUUUUCGAGGAAGAUUCUCGGGUCAGGUAUGAGUUUGAAAUAUUACCUGAAGCUUAGAACUCAUAAGCAGGCAGUACUGUUUUUGUUGAUGGCAAGGUGGAUAUGAUUUUCUGAUGCUGUUGUAUUAGGGUUAUAAAAAUUUACUGUUUUUUCUUUAGAAACAGUGUAGCCGCAAUCAGACUUUUUGUUGGAAGUUACCAAUGGGUCAUUGGCGAAUUGGAUAUUUAAGACAUUGCUUUAUAUCAAUACCAUUCUGAAUAAAUGUCAUUGCUAUGUAAGGUUGUUACUGUUACAUCAUAUAAAUUUAUUUAUUUAUUGUU